AUGUGUCCAGACAUACUGGAAUUGCUCCUUAAGUUCCGUCAAAAUCGAAUUGCGUUUACAGCUGACAUCGAACAAGCAUUCUUGCAGAUUUCUCUUGCUGAUGAAGACAGAAACGCAGUCAAGUUUCUAUGGAACGAUGGUGAAUUAAAUGGAACCAAAAUAAAGGCUCUUCGUAUGACAAGGGUAAUUUUUGGAGCAACAUCUAGUCCGUUUCUUCUCAGAGCAACUCUUAAUGUACAUGUUGACAAAUACAAGUUACAGUAUCCGAACGUAUUUUCCAUGCUAACUGAAAAUAUGUAUGUUGACGAUUUAAUCGCUGGAGCAGAUGAAGAAUCAGAAGCAUUAGAGGAAUCGGAACAUAUUAUCUCAUACUGA